AUGCGCUUGAUAUCAUCAGCCGUGAUGAGAAAUCCAUCAUUUUACUCUUUGGAUGAGAGGUAUCCGAGUAGUGAAGACGAGUAUUAUGAUGAUGAUGAAGAAGAGGAAGAGAUUGAAUAUGAAUCUCCGAGAAUUACGUCUUCAUUAUUUGCUGCCAAAACUGGAACUGAUUUUUUGUUGGGACCUCAUCCUUUGCAUCUCAACUCUCUGAGUGCAAUGCCGGAACCCACCAUGGAAGUAAAUUCAAAUUUGGUUAACAAGAUGAUGUUAUUGGAUGCAUCAAGAAUGAGUUCUUCAAAAAAACCAUAUUACAAAGUUGUCUAUGAUUGUUUUGGAUUAGGAUUUGAACAUGAAUAUUUUGAUGAAGAAGCAAUGAGUAGAUUCUUAGAGACUGAUAUAAUUCCAAUUAGUGUUAGCACACCGUCUAAUAGACAGAAUCUUCCAAAAGCAAGCAUUGCCCCAAAAGAGGAUACCCUCAUUUUCGAGUCGAGAUUUGAAAGUGGCAACCUAAGAAGAGCAAUACAAAUUUUUGAUUACGAAUACGACCUUAUUCUAAAGUUUGAUGUAGAGACCAGUGGUCACACUCAGUGGUUUUACUUCUCCGUUAGAAAUGCAAAAAAAGGGAAAAAAUACAAGUUCAACAUUGUAAAUUAUUUGAAGCCUGGUAGCCUUUUUAAUCAAGGUAUGAUGCCUUUGAUUUAUUCUGUACAUGAUGCAAAUACAAAAGGAAAAGGCUGGACCAGAGGGGGAUCGGAUAUUUGUUAUUACAGAAAUAAUAUCAGAAGGAAAACUGGAAAUUUCUAUACCCUUACUUUUACGGUCGAAUUCGAAAAUGACAACGACACUUAUUUUUUUGCCUAUUCCUACCCUUAUACAUACACAAAUUUACAGAACUAUUUAAACAAUCUUGAGAAAGACAAAAUACGAAGUCAGUUUGUACGGAGAAGAAUAUUGUGCCAAGAUGUUGCCGGUAAUGCAUGCGAUGUGCUGACAAUCACAUCCUUUGCAUGUGAUCCAACAGCGCUAAAAAGGAGAAAAGGAAUAGUACUAACAGCUAGAGUACAUCCGGGUGAAAGUAAUUCCAGUUGGAUGAUUAAGGGAGUUAUUGAUUUUUUGACAGGAUCAAGUAUUGAAUCAAAAGUAUUAAGGGAAAAUUUUAUUUUCAAAAUUGUACCAAUGCUAAAUCCAGAUGGAGUCAUUAACGGCAAUUAUCGUUGCUGUCUUACAGGCUCUGAUUUAAAUAGAAGAUGGCAUGCUCCCAAUGAAAAAACUCAUCCCACUAUUUACCACACUAAGAAAAUGAUUCUCGAAUUUAUGAAGGAACGAGAAAUUGCGCUGUUUUGUGAUUUUCAUGGUCAUAGUCGAAAAAAGAACAUUUUCAUGUACGGAUGUACUGAUUCAAAAACAGGUGUAGAAAGACUCACUCCAAAAGUAUUUCCAAGAUUGUUGUGGAAAAUAUCGCCUCACUUUUCAUUCAACGAUUGUCAGUUCGGAAAGCAAAAAGGUAAAGACACCACCGCCAGAGUAAUCCUUCACAAAAGUGGCAUCAAAAAUUGCUUUACACUUGAAGCUUCAUUUUGUGGACCAGAUAAUGGCAUUCAUAAUGGAAAACAUUUCACUUGCAAGCAUUUCGAGCAGAUGGGACACUACUUUUGUCAGGGAAUUUUAGAAUUUUGUAACCCAGAGAGAACUCAAGUCACUCUUAUUUUGAAAGAGUUAGAUUUAUUGUUUCCAGAGAAGAGUGAAGAACCUAUUUAUUCAAAAGAAUCGUAUUCAAGCUCAGAAGAUGAGGAUGAACCGAUUCCAUUACCUUUAGAAACAUUGAAAAAGAGAAAGACAUCACUCUCAACUCAAUCAACCUCCAGCAGCAGAACAUCCAGUUAUACAUCGUCUUCCACAUCGUACAGCAAUUUAAUUGUCAACACUCUAUCCAAAUCAGUGAUCCAUAGUCCUAGUGUUGGUAAUAACGAGAAUUCAAACUCGAAUACUAUUCCACAACUCUCCCAUGUCAUGAACAAUUCCAACCUAAGAACAAAACCCACCCCACCAUCCAACACACCUCGAUAUUCUCAACCUAUACCUCCUAAUACAGCACCUCCAAGUACUGAGAAGGUACGACCUCAGAGGCUUAAAAGAAGUCAAAGCUUCUCCAAAGAGGAUAUCAAACCCAAAUCCACUACCACCACUCAAUAUCUUCCUGGAGAGAAAGCAAAACUUGAAAAAAGCAAAAAGACAACAACAAAACCACCUCUCCCUCAACUUUCCACACCCUCAGCCAUUCCUAUUAAAAGUCUUUACAAACCUCGAGCCUAUACUCCACCCUACGUGGAUAUUAAUCCAUUCACCUACGAUGCAGAUAAAUUGCUUGAAAGUUUUAAAGAUUGCAAUCAAAACGGAGACGGCUUUGUGGAUUCCACCUUGUUGGACCUGAUUGAGAAAGUUCAAAACAUUCAAAACAUUCGAAAGGAGCGAGACCAAGAACGAAAACGAAGUAUUCGCCUUCGACCCAUGAAGUCCAAACCUCUCAACAAGCUUCCUCUACCACCCACCCUUAAACUCGAAGACAUUAUCAACAUUUAUAGCGCAAGAGGAAGCAAUAAUAAUUCUCAUUCCAGCAGCAGCAGCAGCAGCAUCUUUGAAUGGAACGAACAAAAAAAGAUAAAAAUGCUCUCUCGCCAUUCCUUUGUCCAAAACAGCAACAACAAGAAUCUGAGCACUCUCGUGAGAAGUUUUAUCAAUCAUCAAGUGAGAUUCAAGAAAACCUAUGCUGUUCCUUUCAAAGGAAAAGAAACUCUUCAUGAUAAAUUGAGAGGAAGUGGUACAGCAGAUGUAGGCUUUCCUGUGAACGAAUCGAUGUCCGUUGCUGUAUGGGCAAAAGGAUAUACCAGAAUCAUACAAAUCAAUCGUCCUCGUGAAUCCAAUAGAAUUACAUCUGAAGUUUCCCGAGAUAUGUUACAUCAGUUCAAGGUCUUGGAUACAAACCCAAUGAUUCAACUAAUUUCAUUCACUGGUAUUGGAAAUGGAUUUUUAAGUGCUGGAUAUGAUGCAAGAGAACUUGACCACUUAAUGGAUAAGGGAGAUUAUGAAACAAUUUAUUCUUUGAUUAGAAAUUCUCACAAACUUGCUUAUUAUGCAGGAAAUUGUGAGACCACCACAUUGAGCGUCAUUAAUGGACUUAUGAUUGGUACUGGUGCUUCCAUUGCAAGCUCUGCCAAUUAUGCUGUAGCCACUCCAGGUUCAAUUUUUGCUGCUCCAGAGGCCUCCUUGGGUUACUUCCCAGAUUGUGCAAUUACUCGCUUGCUUUCUGAAAUCAAUCAAAAGUAUGCAGGACUUGGUACUUUCCUUGGUCUUACAGGUGCUCAAAUUAAGUCUUCUGACUUGAUCCACUGUGGUCUAGCUAAUAUUUUUGGAUUAGAAAGUGUUGCUCAAUAUUUAGCAGAUCGAAUUCUUAAUAUUCAGACUAAAGUGACACAAAAAGAAAUUCAUGAUUGUAUUGUUGAAUGCACAGAAACAGUUGUGCCUCCAUUAUCAUUUGGAUUUGAAUUAUACAAGAUUAAGGAGCAUUUCUCAAAUAAGAAUAGCGUUGAAGAAAUUAUACAAUCACUUAAAAGUGCUAUGAAUGAUAUUAAUAAGACAAAGCCUGAAAGAGAAUGGGCAAGUCGUAUUUUGGCCACUAUCGAACAAUUAUCUCCACUGAGUUUAAAGAUAAUUUUCAGAGCUAUUACUGAGUGUGACAAUGGUUUGAGUGUCAAUGAAACCUAUCAAAGAGACUAUCGUAUUGCAUCUCGAUUAGUCAAGUCUAAAGAUUUCAAACAAGGUUUAGGAGCAGUGUUGAGAGGUAUCGAGCCUGUGUGGGAGUAUGAAUCAGUGGAAAAUGUUCCUGACAGCGUUGUUGAGUCUUAUUUCAAACCUUUUGAGUAUGAACACGAUAAGGACUGCGAUUUACAAUUACCUGAAGAAGUAUUCCUUGAGGACCAAAUCCUUUAUCAAAUCGCCAAGAGGAAGUUGGUAGAAAUUGCUAGAAAGUAA